UUUAUUUAUUUCAGAAAAAAUGAAUGAAUAAAACAUCAUAUAAUACAACAUUUUUUUUUAAUGCAAACUAAGAAAAUCUGACACAUGUCACACAGAGCCAGACAUAUAUUACACCAUGUGCAACAUGAGCAGCAGGAAAAACCAACAAGUCACAUAACCACUCCUUACAUACCCUACAGGUAACUAAUUAUAGGGGCCUAAACCACUAGUAGGGGAUUUCACUAUAUACAUACAGUACAUUCAAACACAUAUUUUGGCCAAAAAAACAUCUAAUUUUGUACAAUUUUGCUUAAUAAGCAAUUACAGAUCAAAUAUGUAUGUAACUAUCAGCUUCAGGAAAAUACCUUUUGUCACAACAGACACACACUCCCCCUCUGCUCCUCAAACAUGGUAGAACCAGGAAGUAUAAAUAGACAUGAGAGUUGCUGUAAACCCUUUUGCCUGAAGACCUGGAGGCAGGUGAGGAGUAAAGAACAAGUCCUUCAGGUGGACGUACAGCUCACGGAGUGUCUCCAGAUGAAUGUCCAGGACAUGAAACCUUCACCGAUCAACCACACAAAAGAUGAAGUCGCACUGAGUAGAUUUGAAGAGGAAGAAAAAAGAGCAAACGAUGAAGCCGCUGCUAUUGCAAGGAGGUUGGAGGAAAAAUAUGGUGGCAAACAUAAGAAAAAGAAGGACCGCAUUCAGGACUUGAUUGAUAUCGGAUAUGGCUAUGAUGAAGAGGAUUCUUUCAUUGACAACUCUGAGGCUUAUGACGAAUUUGUGCCGGCCUCCAUCACCACCAAAUUUGGUGGAUUCUAUGUAAAUUCGGGCGUGCUGCAGUUCCGCCAGGCUUCUGACACUGAGGACCUCACAACAGAAGAGAAAACACUUGAACCCUCAAAAAAACGUAAACUCAAUGGCGGACAGGAUAAGCCAAAGAAGAAGCUGUGCCGAAAGGAUGGAGAGAUGAAAAGCAAUGUGGAUCCCAAAUCAAGCACUUUGUCUGAAAUUGGACCUGAUGGUGAGAUGAAGAAGAAAAAGAAGAAAAAGGCUGUUGGCACAUUAAGUGUCACUAGCAUGCUGAAAAAGUUUCAAAGAGAAAAGGAGAAGGAACGACAGAAGAUGAAGAAAGCAGCUGCAAUCAUGGCUGCACCCAAAAUCACUCUGUGCCCUGCAGAUGCAGCCGGGGGCGGAGGCUCAGGAUUGACCGACCCUCUCCUCAGUUUAAUUGGGUCAACCAAUGACCACGCUCUCAUCCAAGCAGCCAACACAGUGGAUUUUGAUAUAGAUUUGGACUCUCUAUUAGAUGUCAGUGAAGAGACUUCAUCACCAAAAUUGGUUCCUCAACCUGCCACUGUUUUGCAACCCAAAACAGAUGAUCAGACUCAAGCCCAACCUCCAAUUACAAACUUGCAGCUGAAGCCUCAUUCAGAACAAAUCCAGCUCCUGUCAAAAACCAGUUCCACGUCACCUCAUCAGUGUGUCCCGCUGCCUGAGGGAUUUCCCCCAGGACUGGAAGACAGCAUUCGAAAACUCAUGAUGAUGACACUUGUUUUUCAGGCUGCCAAGACCUCAGAGGGGGAGUCAAAACUCAAGUUCUUCACUCCAGAAAUCAACUCGACCCUGCUUGAUAUUGAGUUGCAGUGUCGGGAACAAGGUGGUGCGUUGCGCUCCAAGGUGUACACACACCUGUCAUCUUUCCUGCCCUGCAGCAGAGACACACUCGUCAAACGUGUAAAGAAACUGUUACUCUCUCACACGGAGGAACCCCCUGAUGUGGAGGAUCCCAUGCACAAACUUAAGGAGGCCAUCAGCAAAGCUAUGCCUGAGCAGAUUGCAAGUUUCCAUGGAAACUGCCAAGCAUAUGAACAAGUCAAGACUUCAAAGGCAACAGAGGAGGAGAAAGAAGACAAACAGAAGGUAAAUGUUGGCCCAGAGGACAAUGUGGAGGAGAAAGGUGGGAAAAGAGGAGGUCCUAAAAAGUUGUUCAAAUGGAACGAAGAGAUCAGGGAGUGCUUGAGUCAUGUGUUGAGGGUGAAAAUGGAGAGAUAUGAAAAGGAAAGGAAAGGGAGCCAGGAGAUGGAGGAGUACCUUAAGACCUUGUUAGACAAUGAGGUCAAAUCGCUUUGGCCAAAAGGGUGGAUGCAAUCUAGGGUGCUGAUAAGGGAGAGCAGGAAAAUUUUAAGCCUCUUUAUGUCAUUACCAGUAAAGAGGUCCAAGCCUGAGAAGAAGAAGCAGACAUCUAUCAGUGGUCCUCCCACUACAUCAGAUGGCUGCAGCAUUCUCCAAUCGCCACCACUGAAAGGACUCUCCCAAGAAGCAGACGAUGUCUUUAUCGCGGGCUCAAAUAUUUCCAAUUCUCUGUCCCUUGGUGCUGUGAACAAGGAAAUUGCUGCCUUGAAAAAGGUGGAGGGUAAAACAGGAGGAGGGGUGGCAGUGGAUGCUGGUUCCUCUACACAUGCGGAGUCAAGCAACCCCCUGGUCAACGCCACACCUGCUCCGACUCAUUCGCUUCUGAAUCUCCUUGCUGAUCAAGCGCUGGCUCAGGAACCACCUCUCUCAGUUUCCCAGGAGCUCCUAACAGCAGCUGUUGCAAAAUACCAACGUUCAGUUAAGCACUGGAGCUUUGGGUUUGACACCAAAAGUCCUCCUCUUCCUCCUCCACCUCCUCAGUCCAGCCCAGUCGGUUUCCCAGUGAGUGGGGUGUGUCAGGUUGUUUUUCCUCAGCUGCUGCAGGUCGGAGGCUUCGCCAGGCACAUGGAUGCUGGCCAGGUGCAGAUCCUCGCUGAUGAUGCUGACAUUACUAUACAAUAACAACAACAUGAUGGGAGCAGUUUCCUUGGAGAUAGACUGGACACAUGAUGGGAUUCUAACAAACGCAGAGGAGUUAGGAGACCAAAAUCAGCAGUGGAAAUGAGCUAUCCAACAAAAGUUAAACUAAUAGCAAUCUGACUUUGUCUACAGCCACAAGAUGUGGUUCUCAGCUGAAGAUGUUUUGUCAUGUGUGUUCUGAAACUAAAGGGAGUAACACUAGUGGUUUGGACAUAUGAAAGAAGUGUCACUUUUACCACUGAGCAGAGACGUAAACUGACAUCCCACCCCUUAUCCAUUUCUGAUAAAACCUUGUGAGAAAGUUGACAUCUACUCAAAGAAUCACCUGUGAUAAUGACCCUUUAACUGACCUGUAUUUGAAAGGCUUUGUUUGAAAUGUAAAUGAUUUACUUUGAAUUAAUAAAUAAUAAAGAACUUACAUGUUGUGU